GAUGCUCGGCGAAACUUGCCGGAAAUUCACGAACACGUGGGUACGAAGUGGACCGGUGACGCAAUCAACGAAGAGAUAAACAGAAGGGAAGAUGUUGUCUGCUAAACAAUUCGUUCGCCAUUUCUCCAUAUCUCAGUCCUUACAAAGGAUGAAGAUAGCUGUGAUUGGUCAGAGUGUGUUUGGGGCAGAUGUGUACAAGCUUCUGCAGAAAGAUGGACAUGAGAUAGUUGGUGUGUUUACCGUCCCUGAUGUGAACGGAAAACCUGACCCGCUUGCUGUGGCAGCCCAGUCGGAUGGUAUUCCUGUUUUCAAGUACAAGCGUUGGCAGAUAAAGAAACAGCCAAUUCCUGAGGUUCUUGCAGAAUACCAGAAACUGGGCGCAGAGCUCAAUGUGCUACCGUUUUGCUCCCAGUUUAUUCCCAUGGACGUGAUCAAUUUUCCAAAGGAAAGGUCCAUUAUCUACCAUCCAUCCAUACUACCACUGCAUCGGGGAGCCUCUGCCAUCAACUGGACCCUGAUGCAGGGGGACAAGGUGGGAGGGUUUUCGGUAUUCUGGGCGGACGAUGGGCUCGACACCGGCCCCAUUCUUCUCCAAAAGAAGACCUACGUGGCCCCUAACGACACCGUGGAUACCAUCUACAACAGGUUCCUCUAUCCAGAAGGAGUGAAGGCUAUGGGAGAGGCAGUGCGACUAAUUGACACGGGAAUGGCUCCCAAAAUCGUGCAAAAUGAAGAUGGUGCCACCUACGAUGCCAUGAUGAAAAAGAGCAACGCUGUGAUCAACUGGGACCAGAGUGCGGAGGCGAUCCACAAUUGGAUCCGUGGCUGCGACAAAGUACCGGGAGCCUGGGCAACCAUCAAUGGAGAGCAAGUGACCUUGUAUGGGUCCAAAAUGUGGAACCGCAUGGAGCCCCGUGGCCGCUCCGUGGAAAUACAAGGGGCGUCCAGACCGGCCAUAGUGCACAAAAAUGGAAUGGUCGUUUUUGGGAAGGAUGGAAAAAUGGUGAACAUCAGCCAGGUGCAAAUGGCCAGCGGGAAAAUGAUCAACGCAAACAAGUUUGGGCGAGAUGAUGGAGGUGAGAGUAAGAUCGAGCUGACAUCAGAGGAAAAGACAAUGAUUGCAGACCUGAAGAAAGUCUGGGCCGGAAUACUCAACGUUGACGUGGAGAUCACAACGGACUUCUUCAAGUCUGGAGCUGGUUCCAUGGAUGUCGUGAGGUUGGUGGAAGAGGUGAAGGAGAAAUGUAACGGCGUCUCUCUCGAGAAUGAUGACGUCUACAUGAAUACAGUUUUUGAAGAUUUCUGCACAUGUGUUGUGAAGAGAGGACGUGGUAUCGAGGAUAAGGAACCCUUUGAAUUUGAAGCAGUAAAAAUGCGCAAGAACAACAUGGAUCUAACGAUCCCAUACCAGCUGUUCAUCGAGAACGAGUUUAUGGACUCCUCAGAUGGGAAAAUGUUCAAGACAAUAAAUCCUGCUAACGAGGAGGUGAUAUGUGAAGUCUCCCGGGGAACCCCGGAUGACGUUAACAGGGCUGUUGAGGCUGCUAAGGAAGCCUUCUUUGAGGGACCAUGGGGCAAGAUGAACGCCAGAGACCGGGGCAAGCUCAUGUACAGACUUGCCGACCUGAUGGAGGAACACAAGGAGGAGUUAGCUACCCUAGAGAGUAUUGACUCGGGGGCUGUGUACACAUUGGCUCUGAAAACACAUGUCGGCAUGUCCAUUGACACUUUCCGAUACUUUGCUGGAUGGUGUGAUAAGAUACAGGGCAAGACAAUUCCUAUCAACCACUCGACACCUAACAGGAAUCUGACGUACACGAAGCGGGAACCGAUCGGUGUGUGUGGUAUUGUGGUACCCUGGAACUACCCUCUCAUGAUGUUGGCAUGGAAAAUGGCUGCUUGUUUGGCAGCUGGAAACGUCGUCCUCCUGAAGCCUGCACAGGUGACUCCUCUGACAGCCCUGAAGUUUGCCGAGCUGUCAGUGAAGGCUGGAUUCCCACCUGGUGUUAUCAACAUCCUGCCCGGCCCAGGAUCCUCCAUUGGUCAGGCCAUGUCCGAACAUCCUGACAUCCGAAAGAUAGGCUUCACCGGCUCCACCCCCAUUGGAAAAACUAUCAUGGAGAGUUGUGCGAAGGUGAAUGUAAAGAAAGUCGGGCUGGAGCUGGGAGGGAAGUCUCCGCUCAUCAUUUUCUCUGACUGUGAUAUUGACAAGGCUGUUAGAAUGGCGUGUAGUGCAGUGUUUUUCAACAAGGGGGAGAAUUGUAUAGCCGCUGGUCGGCUGUUUGUAGAGGAUUCGAUACAUGAUGAAUUCAUCAAGAGAGUGGUAGCUGAGGUGAAGAAGAUGAAGGUUGGUGACCCCUUAAACCGCUCCACUGAUCAUGGACCUCAGAACCACCGAGCCCACCUGGAAAAGCUGGUUGAGUUCUGUGAUAUUGGGGUCAAGGAAGGGGCCACGCUGGUAUAUGGAGGCAAACAGGCUGAUAUGCCAGGGUUGUUUAUGACUCCGACAGUGUUUACUGACGUAGAGGAUGACACAAUGAUGGCCAUUGAGGAAUCUUUCGGCCCUAUCAUGAUAGUGUCCCGCUUUAUGGAUGGUGACAUUGAUGGAGUGAUAGCAAGAGCUAAUGCUUCAGAGUACGGCCUAGCAUCUGGUGUAUUCACAAAAGACAUCAACAAGGCGAUGACUGUUGCGGACGGAAUCAAGGCGGGAACGGUGUUCGUAAACACCUACAACAAGACUGAUGUCGCUUCUCCCUUUGGAGGAUUCAAGCAGUCUGGAUUCGGGAAGGAUCUGGGUGAGGAGGCCCUCAACGAGUACCUCCAGACCAAGGCUGUUACCGUGGAGUACAACAUGUAACCAUGGCAACCAACAUCGUGUUAAAUGAAGAAAAACGGACAAAACCUUCAUGCAGUUGUGUGAAGGAAGAAAAAUACAUUUAAAUAAAAGGAAAACAUCUGAAAGACUUAACUAAAUUAACAAUGAAAUAAAUAGAAACAACACGCAAGCCUCAUAAAAUAGGUGAUUUUGAAUGUUUAUUAACUGUUAUUGUUUAUUUAAUACAUUUUGUUACAAGUAUUCAGGAAAUACAAGUCCAUUGUACCAAUGGUUAUAUAUAUUUUUGUCAUGUGAUGUCUGGAGAACAGUAUUUUCAAUUCACUAGCCUAUUUGUACUGGUAAGGGACACCUUUUUUCCAGAAAAAUGGAUGUUUGGCUUAAAUAAUUUGAGGAAUACUGAAUGAUAUUUCAUAGGAAAAAAGUUUGGGCCCUGAUAUAAAAUUCAUUGCAAUAAGAUAUGUAAUAUAUGCUGAUUUUUUUAACGAUUUUUUUUGUGCCAAUCUAAUUUAUUCAAAUCUUGUUAAAUGACAGUGAACUGUGGCAAUAAUUUUCCCAAUUUAUAAAAUAAUCAUUUGCAUGAAAGAGAAUCAGAGUGGUAUUGCUAAACGUGGGUGAUUACAGGGUGGGCAAAUCAUUGGUACGGGCAAAAAAGAGGUCCCUUACCAGUUUAGUUUUGGAUAGUUUUAUUUUACACACCAGCAUUAUUUGCAUUAAACCUUUCCUGAACUAAUUCUGAAUCUAUAGGAAAAUUACAUUGACAGAUAUACACUGGCACAGAAUUGGAUAUUGUAGUUAAAAUAGAUGGAAAAAUGAACAGUGAAUUUUUUUCACAAUGCUGUCAAAUUUAUGUGCCUUGAUAAGAGUUUACCACUUUCACUUUUUUAUUAGUGUUAUGAAAUGACUUGUUUUUUUCUAUUUAUGUUCUUCAAAAAUUAUAAAAAUACUCAAUUUAAAUUGUGAAGAGGGUGGAUCUCAUAUAAAUUGUCAAUAGUCAGGGGGUGGUUAAAUUACCGUCCUAGGAGUGAUUUGUAUCUAGGAAUGGUUUGUACCUAGGAGUGGAUUUUACCUAGGAGGGAUUUGUACCUAGGAGGGAUUUGUACCUAGGAGUGAUUUGUAUCUAGGAGGGAUUUGUAUCUAGGAGGGAUUUGUACCUAGGAGUGGUUUGUACCUAGGAGGGAUUUGUACCUAGGAGUGGAUUUUACCUAGGAGGGAUUUGUACCUAGGAGGGAUUUGUACCUAGGAGUGAUUUGUAUCUAGGAGGGAUUUGUACCUAGGAGGGAUUUGUAUCUAGGAGUGGUUUGUACCUAGGAGGGAUUUGUACCUAGGAGUGGUUUGUACCUAGGAGGGAUUUGUACCUAAAAGUGAUUUUACCUAGGAGGGAUUUGUACCUAGGAGGGAUUUGUAUCUAGGAGGGAUUUGUAUAUAGGAGAUAUUGUCAAGAGUUCAUGGGUUAUUGGAGAGUGCUAGGAUCAAGGUUGUACAAAGGGAGAUUUUUUAACAGUGCAUUCAAUCUCUCCUACAAACAAGAUAUUUCCUAGAGUUCUUCAUGAAAUUGCACCAGGUACUUCUGUUGCAGGUAUGAAAUUGUUGCUAGGUAUGAAAUUGUCGCUAGGUAUGAAAUUGUUGCUAGGUAUGAAAUCGUUGCUAGGUAUGAAAUUGUUGCUAGGUAUGAAAUCGUUGCUAGGUAUGAAAUCGUUGCUAGGUAUGAAAUCGUUGCUAGGUUAAAAAUGGUUGCUAGGUUUGAAAUCUUUGCUUGGUAAGAAUUCAUUGCUAGGUAAAAAAGGUAAAACAUUGUUGAUAGGGAUGAAAUCACUUCUAGAAACCGUGAUGAAAUGGCUCCCAGUAUGUAAGAUGGUAGCUCAUCAACAGUACAUUUUCACUGUUGUACAAACUAAUUUUUACUAAAAUUUUGGUUUUAUUUAGAAAUAAAAUGUAUUUAUAAGACUUACCUAUCUGUCUUUAUGGUAUGGUCAAUGUUCAGGCGUGUUUUAAUUUACACACUAAGAUCUUUUGUUUGAUUAUUUCACAAUUUCAUUUUUUUUUGUGUUUGGACCACUUACCAAUCAUGUAUUUAGUCAGUUUCAAUUUAUGAUUUAUUGCUGUGUUUAAGUCAUUUAAAUGUUAUAUUGUUUUGUUUGCAUUGAGUUAUAUUUAGAAUGAUAUAUUACACUUACAUUGUUAUACAGUAUUGGGUAUCUUACCAACGGACAUACAUGUGUACAUCCAAAUACCAUUCCAACAUCAAGAAGUUUACACAUAUAAAUCAUAACACUCCUUUCAAUUUCUAACAACUUUUCUUCAAGACUCAAAUUGUCUCAUAUGACCGGUCAAACAAUUUCAGUAAAAAGUUAUUAUUAAGACUCUAAACAUUUGUUUUGAAAAUGGGUUUAUAUGAUAAUAUGGUCGUUGAUUAUAUGCAGCCUGUUUAUAAUGACAGGGUAUCACUGUCUCAUUGUUCUCAGGCCGGUUGCUAGUCAUGCUCAGAGUGAGGCUGUUUUCACUGGUAUUUCUGACCAACAAAUUGAUCUGUUAAUAAUUCAAAAACUGGAUAAUGUCAUCAUAUGUCUGCAUCCGUCUUAUGCCAAAUAAAUGAUUUAGUAAGACAAAGAAUAAAUGACUGUUAGUUGGAAUAAGGUAAUUAUUAAAAUUAACAGUGUAGUUCCAUGAUCGAUUACAGUAUUGAAACAAAAAUAUUGCUGAGGGUCAUUUUAAGGGGAGACGUUUUCGAUGAGCCAGUCUUGCCACUGCAAACAAACCAGGUUUUAAGCAUAUCAAUGUUGAUUUGUCUUUGUAAAUCAGGAGGGAGGGUUGGGUAUACUUCCAGACCUUCUCACAGACGUCCAAUAGAUCUUACCAAUUCCCUACAUAAAUAUUUUUUAAAAGACAAGAACUCAGUCAGAGUCUGUAGUCAUAGAGGGAUGUUGAAAAUAAAUGAAAUCUCUUUAAAUGCAUAUCACAAGUUAAUUAGUAGUUCUCGAAAAAAACAUGCCUUAUUAUCAGUAUUAUAUAGACAUUAUUUUAGUCUGUUUAUUACUUGGAUCUUUUUCAGUUCUGCAUCCUUUUGAAAAUUGUACAUACAUUUUAAUCCUUGCCUAUUAAGUUUUUGGAGGAAUUCCAUGAAAUGGUGUUGAAAUAAAACUCCCAUUAUCUUCCCAGAAAUCAGGCAACAUUAGGUGCUCUUCAUUUACUUGUGGUUUAUCAAAAUCCACACCAAGAUAGGAGCCAAGAUUGAAGCCGAUUUCAAUUCUCCCCCUUGAGAGUUUGUACUGAAAUAUUAUUGAAUGUUAAUGAUAGAAAGUGUGCAGUGCCUCCUCGUGGUAAAGAUGUGUGCCGCUUUAAAGGAUGUUUCAAUAUACAGUUGUUUUGUAUUCCAUGAUUAAAUGAGUUUGGUUUCAGACUUAUAUAACACCCAUCACGAUUUUGAUUGCCUUUGUGUUGGUUUUGGUUGGUGAAAUAACUUCUCACUGUAUUCUGUAAUCAUUUAAAUAGUUUUAUGUGAAGGUGAAGAAAAUAAAAUCUUUUCAACUAGAAA